UUGGCGCUCGUCGGGAACGCCUGCUCUCGUCUUCACAAAAUGUUCUGAAAACUGAAAUUAAUUAAUGGCUUGUUAUUUUUAAAAGAACAAAAAAAAAAAAUAAGAAAAGAAAUUCGAACGUGUAAAGGUGGAUAGGAAUUAGUUUCGAUCCAAUAUAAAGAUUAUUAUAAGGCAUCAAAAUGUUGCCAGCACAUUUUGUUUUGUGUGUGCUGGGCUGCAUUUCAUUUUCCGGAGUAACGCACGCCGUCUACGAGGACUGUAAGACACCCCCGCCCGUGGAUCAUGGCCGUGCAGUGCUAUUCGAGAGGGGCCCAGUCAAUAUCGCCGUCUACAAAUGUGCGGCGGGGUAUGUGCUGAAGGGUUCCAACGAGCUGCUAUGCAAUGUGGACAGUGAGGAAUGGCAGGGCGAGCCGCCCAGCUGCAUCGAGGGCAAGAGCAAAGGCAAGGUGAACACUCAUCACAACGAACGCAAGAAGAAAAUGCUGCCCGUUCCCGAGGAGCCGAACGUGACCCUCGAGCUAGCCCAGCAGCUGGACUUCAGCUGCAUUCAGUCCAAGGUGCAGGCGCCCGAGAUCAGCCACGGCAUAGUCGCCAAGUACGAGCGACGUCGUCGCGGCGACAAGAUCUUCCUGGUGGCCUACUACGCCUGCAACGAGAACUACGACUUUGAGCGAAUCCAGGUGCAGGCGCUCUACUGCAGCGCCAGCCAGUGGGUGGGCGAGCUGCCCGCCUGCCUGCCGCGCGUCGAAUAUCCAGAGGGGGACGAUGACGAGGACAACGAUGAUGACUACGAUGAAUACGAAACGAUUGAGGGCGAGGCAGCCGAGGAACUGGAAAGCGAUUCACAAUUAGGACAGAGUGUGGAGCCUGUGGCGCCUCCACCACCGCCGCCACCAGUCGAGAAGCAGGAGCCGGAGGCGGAGCUGCUGGAGCCACAAGUUGAGACACAGCCCGAACCGGCCAUAAGUCCCGAAUCCGAGGCAGCAGUGGAGCCUGCAGUGGAGACAGCCCCCGAGGUGGUGCCAAUACUGAACCCAGAGGAUGCGGAACCAGAAAUUGUGGUGCACGUGAAUGAGCCGCAGCCCGAGUCACAACCGGAGUCAGAACAGGAGCCGGACCCAGAGCCAGAGCGGGAGCCGGAAGUCGCAACUGAGGCUGCAGCUGUCACAGACAUCAACAUUGUUGUGGAGCCCACAAAGGAUCCGUAUUCGCCACGUCUGCUGGACGAGAGCUGUGGCGAGGAUCGCGGCGGUUGCGCCCACAAAUGCGAGCGUCUGCUGUUCCCCGGCGAGAAUGAGCCGCGUCUCAAGUGCAGCUGCAACGAGGGCUACACCCUGGAUCCGCAGGACUAUGCCGGCUGUCUUGACAUCGAUGAGUGCCAGGAGUCCAACGGCGGCUGCUCCCAGAUCUGCAACAACCUGCCCGGCAGCCACGAGUGCGCCUGCGAGAAGGGCUACCAGAUUGAUGCCUCCACCGGAAACAGCUGCGUGGAUAUCGAUGAGUGCGCACAGCCGGAGCUGGCCGACGAGUGCGCCUACGGCUGUGUAAAUACGCCUGGUUCCUAUCGCUGUGUGAUACCCUUGGAUACCAAAGAGGACGCCGACGAGGUGUCCCAGGAAACGGCGCCAGCUAUUCCAGUUGAACCCAAGUCUGAGGUUGAGUCGAGUGUGAAGCCGGCCGUGGAGCCUGCGCCCGUGCAGCCCAGCUGCAAUCCGGGCUUUGUGCUCGCGCCGGAUGCCAGCGAGUGCCAGGACAUCAACGAGUGCGACAUCGUUGUGGAGGACAACGAGAAUGCGGAUCAUGUGCCGCAUCGCGUCUGCCAGCAGCAGUGCGAGAAUACGAUCGGCUCCUACCGCUGCAGCUGCCGCGAGGGCUACCACCUGCUCGAGGAGGAUCAGAGCAGCUGUGUGCCCGACAGUUGCGAGGAUCUGGACAAUCCGCAAUUGAAUCGCCUGCGCUGCGCCCACCAGUGCGAGAAUCUGCCCAAUGGCGGCUAUGCGUGCAUCUGCCCUGCCGGCUACAAGCUGGACGAAGAUUUGCACAACUGCGUGGUGCUGGAGACGGUGUGCAGCCGGGAGCAGGGACACGAACGCUGUCGUCCGGGCAGCUGCCUGCCCAGCGAGGACAACAGCACCUUCAGCUGCCUCUGCCCGCCCGGCUAUGCCAGCGAGGUGUUCAGCUGCCAGGAUCUGGACGAGUGCGCCCUGGGCACACACAAGUGCAGUCACGAUUGCUUCAAUACCGCCGGCGGCUAUCAGUGCCUGUGCCCGCGCGGCAUGUCGCUGCAGGAGCCGGACGGACACACCUGCGUGGCGCCCGAUCCCUGUGCGGUCAACAACAAUGGCUGCGAGCAGCUCUGCCUGAGCGCCGAGGCCGGCGCCUGCAACUGCAGCAAGGGCUACGUGCUGAACGCCGACAACAAGAGCUGCGACGACGUGGACGAGUGUCAGGUGAACAAUGGCGGCUGCCAGCAGCUCUGCCGCAAUCUGCCAGGUUCGCAUGCCUGCGCCUGCGACAGGGGCUACGAGCUGGCCGCCGAUGGGCACAGCUGCCAGGAUGUGGACGAGUGCGCCGGCCUGCUCUCCGGCGGCUGCACCCACGAGUGCAUCAACAAGCCGGGCAGCUACGAGUGCGGCUGUCCGCUCGGCUAUCUGCUGCAGGAGGACGAGCGCAGCUGCCGGCCCGCCAUAGUUGGUUGUCCGCCAGGCACGCGUCACACCGACGAGGGCUGCGAACCCAUCGAAUGCGCCGCCGGCUUGCUGCUCGGCGCCGACGGCACUUGCGUGGACAUUGACGAGUGCCGUGUGAACAACGGCGGCUGCUCGCAUGAGUGCCUGAAUGCGCGCGGAUCCUACAAGUGCGGCUGCCCGGCUGGUUAUCAGUUGGCCGCCAAUGCACGCGAGUGCGAGGAUGUGGACGAGUGCGCCGUAGACCAGGCCGGCUGCGAGGGCAGCUGCGUUAAUGUGCCCGGCAGCUUCAAGUGCGAGUGCGGGGCGGGCAAGCGAUUGUCCUUCGACGAACGCAGCUGCUACGAUGUGCCGGCAACUGAGCCCAGGAUACCACUGGCACUGCCGCCUCCAGUGCCCCUGGCGCCAGUUGCCCCGGCAGCGCCGCCCGUGAUGCCCGUGCGCCCGCUGCCAACUCUAAGACCUUUGACGCCGCCAAUCGUUGGAUCGGGCUUGCCCGCAUUGCCCGCUUUGCCCGGCUUGCCCGGCUUGCAGGUUAGAGAUCAGUGUGUGCGCUUCCAGGCGCCGGCCAAUGGACAGGCGCACUGCAACAGGUAUCGGCACAAGCGCAAGCUCUUCUAUAAUACGCGCUGCAAGGUACGCUGCAAUCCCGGCUACCAGCUGCUCGGCUCCGAGAUCAGAAGCUGCGGGGCAUCCGGCAACUGGGAGGGACAGGAGAACAAGUGUGUGCCCAUUUCCCAGCCACGUCGAUGGAUGACGGGCAGCUCACGAGCAGCUGCACCCGCUCAGGCUGGCUGUCCAGCGCUGCCGGCGCCGCGCAAUGGCGUCAUCUCGCCCGCCAGUUGCACCCGUGGCGCCUCCAGCUUUGGCUCCAUCUGCCACCUGCAGUGCAACAUGGGCUUUGUGCCCGUUGGCGGCAUGCUGACCACCUGCAUGAACGGCUGGUCCCUGGGCAGCGUGCUGGAGUGCAAGCCCUUCGCCUCGAACUUUUUGAGCAAUCAGUUGCCUAUAGCGACCCGUGUCCAGGCACCCUGGCAGCAGCAGCCAUUCAGACAGCAGUCGACCAUUCAACAGGUGCGCCAGCAGCAGAUGCCCAUCCAGCGGCCAGUUAAUGCGUACAUCAAGUGCCCGGAGAACGUGGUCAUCCUGCUGAAUCCGCAUCAGAGCAAGGCCCAUGUCAUACUGCAGCGUCCGGCUACUAAUCUGGACUAUCGUCAUGUGGUUGCCUUUCCGGCUUGGGCUAAGCAGCUUCAGGGUCAUCUGCCCGCAGGCACGCAUAAGAUCGUUUACAGGGCCCACGAUCCGGUCACAUCCCAGACUGUUGGCUGCCAGACCAUCAUCACCGUCAAGCAGGCACCAGCUUCGAGUUCCUACUCAUCUUUUCCCGUUUUCAGACCGGCUGCAAUUCCCGCUUUUAGACCUGCACCACUUCCAGAGUUUCGAUCCGCUUCCCUUCCACAGUUCGGGGCAGCUCCAAAACCUUUUGCUAGCAUUUUUGAUGCAUUGCCCACAGUGAGACGCUCCGAGAGCCUGAUUGCUGAGCGACCCGCUGAGGAGACACCUUCGCCAAGAUCAUCCGAGAGCUCUCGCAUAGAUCUGGGCUCUUCCUCAUCCCGCUACUGUCCGCCUUCCUUUGAGGUGUAUUUGAAGGAGAACCAAAACCUGCGCUCCGUUGUCUGGGAAGAGCCGCGUUUCGAGGGCAAGCUCUUGAAGAUCUACAAAUCAUCUUUCCCUGGCGCACUGUUCGGGCGGGGUGAUCAUGACAUCAAGUAUGAAGCCACCACCACGGAUGGCCUGACCCUGACCUGCAGCUUCCAAAUUCGAGUCAAGGCCGCUGAACCCACCCCCGCCCCCAACCAUGCCGAGAUAAGCUAUCCGGACCUGUCCUCUGCCCCCGCAGCACUCACUGAGCCCACGCACAGCAGCCUCUUUGCUGGCCACGAGUCGUAUGUGGUUUGUCCCGGCAAGGAGCCGGUCAAAGUAACCGCCAGCCAAUCCGUCAAUCUGCCCGUGGGCUGCACUCUGAAGAAUGUGCGCUCACAGACGUCGACACAGGCGCAACCGAAACGCGGCCUCCUCACCUCGCUCUGGCGUCAAUACAAUAAUUUCUAAUUAUUUAUAAUUAUUAAUAAAUAAUUUCUAAAUAAUGAUUUAUUUUUUGUAAAGAACAUUUGUAAAACUACAUGAAUUUUUGAUACAUUUUUUAUGCAAAUUA